AUGGCAGCGAUGCUCGGCGGCGGCGGCGCUGAAAUGGGCCAGUUCCCACUCGAGCAAUGGUUCUACGAGAUGCCGGUCUGCACGCGGUGGUGGACGACAGCAACAGUCACAAUGAGUCUGCUCGUACAAACAAAAGUCAUCACGCCCUACCAGCUAUUUUACAGCUUCCGCGCCGUCUUCCACAAGAGCCAGUACUGGCGUCUCCUCACCACAUUCGUCUACUUCGGCCCCCUAAGCCUAGACCUCAUCUUCCAUGUCUUCUUCAUGCAGCGGUACUCCCGCAUGCUGGAAGAGUCGUCCGGCCGAUCGCCUGCGCAUUUCUCCUGGCUCCUUGCGUGCACGUCUGGUGUCAUACUCUGCAUUGCACCUAUGUUCUCCAUGGCGUUCCUCGGUACGGCGCUCUCCAGCGUGCUCGUCUACAUCUGGAGCCGGCGGAACCCGGACACGCGGCUGAGCUUCCUGGGGAUGUUUGUCUUUAGGGCGCCGUACUUGCCCUUUGUCCUUAUGGCAUUCUCAAUCCUUCUGCACAACCACAUCCCGAAAGAUGAAAUUUGCGGGGUGGUGGUGGGGCACGUCUGGUGGUACUUCAACGACGUUUUCCCACGCAUCUACAACGGCCGCAAGCCCUUGGAUCCCCCAUCAUGGUGGAUUCAGCUCUUCGAAGGCCGCCAACGGACAGACGCAAAUACGGCAGUAGCGGUAGACCAUGACGUAGCGGCGAACAUAGGCCGAGAUACUCGGGGCCAGCAUAUAUGA